AAAGGUUUCUGGAUGUACAGUGGCAGGUAUAUUGAGCUAUUAUACUUUUAAUUAACCUGUCUGUAUCGGUCCUUCUUUCUUUCUGUAUCGCGGAAAAUUCCACCCGACCCGCUCCUGAGCUAAUUUGACGACUGAGGGAAAAAAAAAAAAAAAAGGAAAGAAGGAAGAAGACGAAGGGUUUUUUCCCCCUUUCUUCCGCUAUCUGAAACUCCGGUCUCCGUCGCAGAACUCGCCAGCGAUCCGUAGCUUCGUUUAAAAAAAUGAUCCGGUUCAUACUUCUGCAGAAUAGGCAGGGGAAGACUCGUCUCGCCAAGUAUUACGUACCUCUCGAGGAUUCCGAGAAGCACAAAGUCGAGUACGAGGUUCAUCGUCUGGUGGUCAAUCGAGAUCCCAAGUUCACGAAUUUCGUCGAGUUCCGAACGCACAAGGUGAUCUACCGACGAUAUGCUGGAUUGUUCUUCUCCCUUUGUGUGGAUAUAACGGAUAACGAAUUGGCUUAUUUGGAGUGCAUCCAUUUGUUUGUCGAGAUAUUGGAUCAUUUCUUCAGCAAUGUGUGUGAGCUUGACUUGGUCUUUAACUUCCACAAGGUACUAGUUUACCUGAUACUUGAUGAGUUCAUUCUUGCUGGAGAGCUCCAAGAAACAAGCAAGAGGGCUAUCAUAGAGAGAAUGGGAGAGCUGGAGAAGCUGGAGUAAAUAUUGUGAUUCUAUACAUGAAGAGUGUUCCCGAGUGAAUUUUUCCCCAAUUGUGCGAUUUUCCAUUGAAUAUCCAGUUUCUUUCUCCAAUUUGAACAUCCAGUUUCCCCCUCACCGUAUCAAGCAUUGUAAUCAUAGGGAAAACGGAUGCUUUACUUUGUUAGGCAUUGAAUUUUUCUGUUUAUUAAAUGUCAGUUGUAUGUCUUUCUCGGACCAAAGUGUUCAAUCCUGUUAUUGACCAUCCUGGGUUCAACUCAUUUCAAAGAAUGUUGAAUUUGUGUCCCAAAAUCAUGUUAAAGAUACAGAAUUUUAUUCAUCUAUAUGAUAUUUUAAAGCUGAACUUGUGCU